AUGCAUCUGUCACGCCUGGUGACUAACCAGGUGGCACUAUGCCUGCUUUGUCUGUUCCUUCUGUCGGCGUUUAUGCCUACCUCUGCUCUGCCGGGACGUGGUAAAGGUAUCGGCAGCCAUCGUUCCUCCAGCGGCAGUAGGGGAAGCAGCCACCAUUCCGACGACAAGAAGCAUGGUUCGGGUCUCGGCAGUCUCUUCUCUAGCGAUGACAAAAAGUCUUCUGAUGACGACAAGAAGCACGGACUUAGCGGCCUCUUCUCCGGUGGCGAUAAGAAAGACGACAAGAAAGAUGACAAGAAGGAGGAUAAAAAGGGCAAGUCUACCACCGGAAAAGAUGGAAAACACGGCUCUUCCUCGGGCCGCCAGGGAACCGAUGAUAGCAGGGGUCGUGGCUCUUCUCGGGGCUCUUCUCGGGGUUCUUCCCGUGGGUCCAACCGAGGAUCUUCUCGCGGCUCAGAUCGAAGCAACCCUUUCUCUGACAAGUUCGACCUUGACAAUCCCUUCUCCGAUGCCCACAAAGUUGAAGACAUUUAUGCUGUCGAAGACGGCCCGACCCCGGAUAAGAAGCCUGGAAUUGGUAUAGAGUUUGAGGCCAGUGGCGUUCAGUUCAUAAACAAAAAGUGCAACGACCAGAACACCUUUGCGCUGAAAGGCAAGGAAGUCAAGAACCGAGCAAGCAAGCGGAGAAAGGACUGGGCCUUGACCGUGGACACCACUGAUGGAAAAGGAGGCCAGCUCUCGGGAGAAUAUAUCCUUAAUGGCAAGAAGAUCAAACUCGGCUCUGGUCGCGCUGGAAAGGCCGCGGACGAGGUGGCAAAUGACUUUACGAAAAAGUGGAAACCACACAAAGGAAAGAAAGGCAGUGGUCCUGUGACUAUCCGCCAUGCCACACCCAAGCAAUGCCACAAGUGGGACUUGGUGAAGCCGGUAAACGAAGCCAUGAUCCCUAUGGUUGAGUGGCAAUACCAGGUCACCGUCCCGAUGCCAUUAGGUGCUAUCCAUGACGUGUUCCGCAAGGCUCACCUCAAUGAGAAGAGCCCCCUGUUGUCGGACUUUAAGCCGGCUUCCAAGAAGCGAAUGAUCUGGGUCAAUAAGAAUUUCUUCCAGGCAAACCCUGAAGGCAACAGCCCGGAUAAGAUCACUGCGGAUGCAAUGGGCUUUUUGUCCUUGGUUGUUUCCUACGCCAAGAACGCACAGUCCAGAAGCAACCCGGAAAUUAGCCCCAAGAUGCUCACGACGAUCAUGCCGCGCACUGAUUUCGCCAGCAUCUACAAGGACGUCAAGUCUGAUAUCAAAGGGGAUCUAUAUAACCUAGUCUCAGUCCUGCUCUGUUACAAGAACGGCGCUGACGACGAAGUUGAAUUCGACGACUCGAUGUGCGACGGCGAUGCGAAGAACCCCAAGCCCAAGAAAAACAUCAAUGAAAUGACCGAACUUCACAUGAAAGGCGAGAACCCUAAGACUAAGAAGAAGGACGAACCCCGCGUGAGACUCAAGGAAUGGAUGGAGAAGUUGCCCAAGGGCCAGGACCUCCUGGCUGAGGGAGAUGCCGUUAUCGACAAACAGGUUGGCGGCUUGAAGUCGGCUCGCGAGGAGGUCUACGGCAACCCCAAACGGCUGGUGCCCUUGUUCGAAUUCCGCGAUAUUGGAGCCGCCAAACCCGCACAGUUUAAGAAGGUGGUUGACGCUAUCGAGGAUGCAGUCUUGGCCUACCACAAGCGAUUCUAG